AUGUCAUCCUCACGAGCUGUGGUCAACAAGUGGAACACGUUAUCUGUGGAGGAAGAUGAGCUCACCGCCUUCAACAAGUCUGAGUACCUUGUAACUAAAGCAAAGGGACAGCGUCAUAUGUUGACUCAACUCCAAGGAUGUGUUUACAUAUUGAUGGGCUAUCAGUUGGUUAAGUUUUGCCACAUGGCAUGUCUUUUGCCAUUCUUACUAGACCUUAUGGCCUUAUCGAUGAUCUCAGUCAAAGCAAUUGUGGAGCCUGGAAACUGGUCCCUACUAGAGACCAUCAACGAAACUACGACUCGAAGGGAGCAAGAGAGCGGUGAAAACCAAGCAAAUAUGCGAUCAAACACCACCAAAAUGAUCUGCCUAUCGUUGUAUGGGAAGUUUCUUCUUGUGGUGCUCUACCACGCACUCUUCGCUCUCUGGAUAAAACUGAUAGCCGACCAAGGCGCCUUGAAAAACUUGAUAAAUGGUUCAUGGUGGCUAGUUUCUUUCAUUGGUGAAUCAGUUGAACAGAACUACGAUAUUUCUGCGAGUCUUUGGCUUAAGCUCUGGCAGCUUGGGCUCUACCAGCUUAUCAUCACCGACUUAGUCAUCACCCUAAUACAGCUUGUUUUAUUUCAAAGUGUUCACAAACAAUCCAGCAAGUCUCUCGAGGGUCUACCGCUAAAUAUAGAUGAGCUGGAGACUGUGCGGCCCGCUAAUGUUAGAGUUUCUGGCGAUACACUCCAUCAAUUGCCUGAAGACUCAAUACCGAACAUUCUUAACGUUCGGCUUCACGACUGUCUAAGCCGCCAAUCAUACCUUGGUUUCGAAUAA